AGGUAUCCCCUAGCAAGCUUUGACUGAUCCCGAAUAUCAGCCAUGGCAUCUCGCAUUGGUUUACGGAUGCAGCUUAUGCGAGAGCAAGUCCAGCAGGAGGAACAACGGGAGCGCAUGCAGCAGCAGACAAUGAUGCAUUACAUGCAGCAACAGCAGCAAAUGCCAAUGGCUCCAACCCCAGCCAUCAACACACCAGUUCAUUUCCAGUCACCACCAUCUGUGCCAGGAGAAGUCUUAAAGGUUCAGUCCUUCCUAGAGAAUCCUACCACAUACCACCUGCAAAGGUCACGAGACAAGAAGGUCCAAGAAUACCUGUCUGAAACUUACGGGAACAAGUUUGCACCACUGCUUGGUGCUCCUUCUCCCAAGCCUCCUCCUUCUGCCUCACCCGGGGUGAGGCCAUGCCAUGCCAUACCCUCUUCUGCAGGCAACAGCACUCCCAACAGUCCAAUGGCAAUGCUCAAUAUCAGCUCCAAUCCAGAGAGAGAGAUAGAUGAUGUCAUUGAAGAUAUCAUGCAGCUGACAACCACUGUGGGGUGUCUUAAUCCAGAAAUUCAUAUGCCCAAUACUUUGCCCCUGUCCAGCAGCCAUAUGAAUGUCUAUAACAGUGACCUUCAGAUGACUCCCUCUGUCGUGGGCAUUACCAGCAGCUCCUGCCCUGCUGAUCUCACCCAAAAGAGAGAACUUACAGAUGCUGAGAACCGUGCCUUGGCUAAGGAACGCCAGAAGAAGGACAAUCACAAUCUAAUUGAAAGAAGACGAAGAUUCAACAUUAACGAUCGCAUUAAGGAAUUAGGGAUGCUGAUUCCAAAAGCUAGUGAUCUAGAUGUACGCUGGAACAAAGGGACAAUCCUGAAAGCCUCUGUUGAUUAUAUCAGGAGGAUGCAGAAAGACUUGCAGAGAUCACGAGAUCUUGAGAAUCAUUCUCGGCGUCUGGAAGUGGCCAAUAAGCAGCUUUGGCUUCGUAUACAGGAGCUGGAGAUGCAGGCUCGAGUCCAUGGGUUACCAGCCACUUCACCCUCUGGCAUGAACAUGGCUGAACUAGCUCAGCAGGUGGUGAAGCAAGAAACCUCUGGGGAGGAGGGGACAACAGAGAUCUUACAGCAGCCACAACUCCACGCUGAACAGGAAGCUCAGCACCAGCCUCACUUUGCUCCUCCUCCACAGUCCCCUUAUCAUCAGCUGGACUUUACCCAUAGCCUGAGCUUUGAUGACAGUUGUAGAGGCUUUCAUGACACACUGGACCCCAGCCAAAAUGUCUCUUUCCCCACCUUGUCCAAGAAGGAGCUAGACUUGAUGCUUAUGGAGGAUACUAUGCUUCCUGUGGCUUCUGACCCCUUGUUUUCCACUGUGUCCCCAGAAGCUUCGAAGGCUAGCAGUCGCAGAAGCAGCUUCAGCAUGGAAGACACUGAUAUGCUGUGAACAGAAGCCCUCCAGGCAGAUUAGGAUUUCAAUAUUGUUUAUUUGUGAAAAUUCUUCAUUUGACUUAUCUCUUUAGACUUCCUCAAAGACUUAUGAGGCUAAUAAGAAAUGCAUCCUGAAUCAGAGAUGGUUUGUGUACUGGUAGGAAUGGGUGAAUCCUUAGCACAAAGGUUUGUCCACAGUUCUUGAAAUGUUAAUCCCUAAGUUUCUCCUCUGCCGUGAUUUGCCAAAACUGAACAAUCUGGCCUCAUCUUCCAUGAUUGCACAAUUAAUGUGAUUAAUCUGAUUCCUGCAGAUUUCUCAGGUGCCCUGUGCCCUUCAUACUCCAGCCCCACAAAGCCAGUUAGAAUAUUUUCACAACGAUAUGAUUUUGGUGUGGACAUCCAGACAGCAGUGUGCCCUGUUUGACAAGCAGCUUUAAUCAAGACUUGGCAUUCAUAUGACCAGUAAAUAGCUCAAGGUCAAUGGUACCUGUCCCCAGCUUUUGAUCUAUUAUCACCAGGCCAAUGGAAAUAAUGUGUUCUUCAGGUGUGCUUUCAUAUUGGAGCUCUUUCCUGUAUUGGACAGGAACACUCAAUAUGCUCUAUAUAUGCUCUAUAGAGGGGAUGGGGAUGUCACUAGCUAACCCUGUGUAGUGAUGGAUGGUGAUCUUUAAUCUUUUGAGAGAGGAAGAGAGUAUGAUAACAUUCAUAGAACCUUUUUAAUGUUUUAAACCCAGUUGGGAUACAACAGCCUUAAUCAAGGACUUGCACUUCGUUAGAUCUUGAUAGUUUUUAGCCUACAUUUUGGCUUGGGCCUCUCCUCUGCCUUUCUAAAUCUUUUUGGCAUCAAUCCUUGACAGCUUAAUGGCCAUGUAAGAGUACAAAUGUAUGAGCAUCUGUGGGCAUUUCAAAGGUUUUUACUGCCACCAGUCAUCCAAGAGAAUGGGCAAAUUGUUUUGCUAAUUUGAACUAAAUAUUACUUUUUUUCAUUAUUUUUUGCUUCUCAAUGGAAGAAGUAAUUGGUCUGAUGAGGAUAAUGUUGGAUAGUGUUUUUGUAUUUGAGAAGUGUCAAAUGAUAUUAUUUGAUUUAUAUUAAGCUUGUUAGUCUGUUCUGUUCCUCUUGAACUUCUAGCUUGUAUGAUUUAAAGUCCUGUUAAUUUGUUUCUGAAUUUAGGGCUGUGGAGAAACAUAGAUGAAUGUAUACUUUAAGUCUAAAUUCCACUUAGUAUGAUUAUUGAAAGGAUUUAAAGUAGAGCAGUCAUAGCUCAGUAGUAAAACACAAAGGACACAUGCAUAGCUCAGUAGUAAAAUACAAAAGAUCCAGAUUUCAUCACCACUGUUUCCAACUAAAUAUAUCUUGUAACAAAUAGUAAGACUGGGGAUCCAGUAUAUAUACUGGAGAUCCAGUAUAAAUCAGAGCAGGUGAGACCUAGGUCACAUCACAGCUGCUUUGCCCUUUCUUCUCUUGUACCAAAGUCAGCAGGAAAUCUACCUUAAAUCUUGCUGUCCCCACAACAUGUCCUUUACACUGCAUACAGAAUGGUUCUGUGCCGCACUGCAGACAUACAGCAGUUCAUUCUAAGGGCUGGGAUUGAUGGUUCUUUUGGCUGAUAUUCCAGGCCUGAUCAACUUCAUCACAUGAAAAACCUCCUCCAGUUGGCAUGCACAAUAUUCUGAUUACUCCAUGUGCUGCAAUUUUUUAAAAUGUUCUCUUUCUCAUCGCACUCUUGACUGAUUCAACAUUUUUUUUUAUUUCUUGAAAUUAUGGGUGGAUGGUUCAACCUAUCAACCACUAGAUGACAGUAGUAAAGAGUUUUUGUAUUGCUUGGCUGCCAUCUAGUGGUUGCCCAGAUUGUGCAGCUAGUGGGUCAAUGCUGUUGAAGAACUGAAGUUUGAGAAAGGUGUUUUGUUGUAGGGAUUGGUAUAGCACCUGUAAACUACCCAAAUAACAUUAUGUGGGAAGCGAGGGCUCCUGAGACCAUACUCACUGGAAGCAGAAUACUUUGCCAGGCAGGCUACAAAAGUACAAGUGAUGAAUCCUUUCAGUUGCCCUUCUAAGAUGUCAUGUGCAUUAUGCAUCCUAUAUAACUUGCACAUAGCAUCCAGAGGCAGGAUAAGAGGGAAAACACCACUUUCAGGCUGGAACAGCUAAAGCCAUCCUCACAUUGCCUCACCUUCAGGUAGUAGCAUACAGACAUGUUUUAUGAGAACAGGGAUGGCUUUAGGCUAAGACCAAAUAGGCACUGGCCAGGGUGCCAAAGCUUAGGAGACACUAAUGUUGUCCCUCCUUCCCAAUCAUUCUGAAAAUGCAAAUCUUUGUAUUGGUGGGAGGUGAUGCUAUCAGUCAGUGUCAUCUUGGGGUGCCAUAUACCUUUGAGCUGGCACUGUCUGGGAAUGAUUAGUGAUACUUCUGUAGAGAGCAUAGGGAAUGGCCUUGAAGGAAAGGAGGAAGAGCUGCUACAAAGACAAUGGUCAGAUAAGAGGAGCUUGAGCCCGGGAUAAGAAAAUAACUUGAGAAAACAUCUCAGACAAACCCCUCCUUAGUUCACACAAAGAUAAAGUGAGGGAGGGGGAAGCACAUUCAGACUUGCAAGAUUCUGUUGUUAUAGCUCUUACAAUAAAAGUAGUCCUGACCUAUAUGGCAUUGGUUUCCUAGUCUCGUCUACCUUAUUGGGCUGACACCAUCCUUGCAGCAAGACAAGGAUGCUGUGUGGAUUUGCUCCUAGAAGAACUGCUAGUCUAACCUGACAUACAUCAGCUUCCCAUUUUAACAUUUUAAACAAUCACUUUCUUGAAUGGAUGAGUUCAUAAAGAUGCUGAAUCAUUUACCAAAAAUAUUCCAACAGCAAAUACAUCUCAGACAAACCAGUGUGUUCUGUCUUCUAGAAUGUGUUUUUUGUAGCUUUUUAGUAUACAUUUUGCACAGUCAAACAGUUUCUCACUGAACUUUUAGUCAUUAUUGCAACUCUUGCAGUUCUUUUGUUUCUUAAUAGCAAUGAUGUGUAUGUCAGCACUUAAUAGAGAUAAAAAGAAUGGAUACUUUGAUUCAAGAAGGAACAGUAUGAUGGGAAAGCCUAGUUUUUGAAAAAAAAAAUUAGGGAUGGGUUGUUGUUGUUAUUUCAUUCUUUGGAGGUUGUACACUCCCCUGCUUUCAUCUCUAACACAUGCAUACUCAUCUGAAUAUCUAUCUCUAGCUUUUUAGGGAUGUAUGGGGAGAGAGAUAUUUAGAUGAGUACACAAGCGCAGCAGGAGAGCUAUAUAGCCUCCAAAGAAUGAAAUCAUCAUUACCUUGGAAGUUAACCAAAUGCUAUCCACUAGGAAAGGACAUUGCAGCAUCAGUUGUCACUAAUCCCAUUGUAAACAAAAUCUAAUAUAUGCUUGUGUGAUGGUUGCAAGCAAAUUUCAUGUAGCAGUCACAAACACAUUACAUGCGGUAGAGGGGAGAUUAGAGAGGAAAGCCUGUCCUUUUAACUGAGGGAUACCUGCUGAAUUUUGCCAAUAGCACAAUUCAGGAGAGGCCUCGAUGACCCAUAUAACUGGAACAUUUUCAAUUCUAUGGGUUUGGAUAGUGUCAGUGACCAUUUUGCAUUAAGAUGUCCAUCUUGUGAAAAUACUUAAGCCUUUUGUGCCAAAGCAUCUUGUGAAAAGUCAUGCAAGGUUGCCAUUUGCUCCAUUUAUUUCUUUUCUAAUUUACUUCAGUUUUAAUUGAGAAUAUAUAAGGUUAGGAAGCCCAUGAUUCUAUGUGGCCAUAUGUGAAAUAUGUCUGCAUGUGAAGUUUUGGAAUCUUUGGUAACUGAGAAAGCAAUGAAUGGGGUGCACUCAGAACUCAGAGACGUUAAUCAACAGAUUUUAGAUAAGGUGCAACUUUCUUCUGUGGAGGAAUUGUCCUUUGGAACAUUGUGGCAGUUGUGCAACCUUCCUGAAUGUGGUGUCUUCAGGUUGUGCUAGGAUAACAACCCCCCCAGUUCUCACCCAGUAUGAGUACAGCAAGCAGUUUGGGGAGGCCUGUACACAUAUCAUAGGCAUUUGGUGGUAGCACAUCAACAUCCUCUUCCUAUCUGUACCUCACUGUGAUUUCUCAUUUUAGUAUAUUUUUCUUUCUUAAGGUCUGCACACCACUUUGCAACUACCCCAUCUCCUAAAAAAUAUCUAAAUUACUCUGUACAGUAAGACUACUUCCUCUUUACAUUAAGUGAGGAAGGAAUUUAGGGUCUUGUACUUGUAAUGACUAGCACAGUUUUAGUUAUAUACAGUAGGAAGGCAUGUAUUCAGCCAUGUGGCACCAAUCCCAAUUUAAUUUUAGAUCUUGAUUUUUGCACCAUGAUAUCAGUUGCACAAUUGGAAUUUCAUUACUGUAUAAGGAAAAGUAUGUAUUAGUGUGUGUGUGUGCAUACGCACACAAAUGCACACAUACAAACAAUUUACAAAGAAGGAGUUUGUUGGAACCAUAAAAAAGUAUCGCUGCAACUAGGUAGCUUUCUAGGCUUUCAGUGCCAGGAUCUCUCUGUUCCAUUGUCCUGUCUUAACAGAUUCAGGUAUUAAAAGCAUGUCUCAUAAAAAUUCUGCUAUAAGUUUAUAUCAAGUGUCCAUGAAAGGAUUGUGGUCAUUCUCCAAAUUCACUGUAGGCCCUCUGAGACACUGUGUUUGUACACUCUUGAGCUAGAGAGAGAAUAUUGUGAACCUCUGUCAAAUAGUUACUGUGCCAUUUUUGCAACAACAUGUAUGGCAGAUUGGAUGAAUCUGUUCAGUGCUUGUGUACACUGAAGGACAUCCUUGGAGCCUUGUGCCCUCUGCCUGUGAAAGUAAGUUAAAUUACACAGGAUAACAGGAGUAUAGAAUUGGUUGGUGUUAUGCCAUAAUCUAAUGCAGCCUUGUUCAGUGGGUAUCUUCAGUCACCUCAGUCACCAUGAAGAACACUGAAUGUGUGAAUUUGUACUAGAAUAUCUUUUGAUACAAGAAAUGUACUGAAAGAUAUAUUGUACCUGUAAUUCAUAUCAGAAAGUUUUUUUUAAAUGAGAGUAAGAAAAAAGUGAAUAACUUCUUGAAAGUGGUUUGGGGUUUUUUGGUCCACUUCAGGUAUUCCAUUUUAGAAUGUUAUGUUAUGAGGUGGUUCUGCAGAUACAUAAAGUAAUUAUUUACAUGUAUUGUGCAGUGUGUAUGACUGAUUUUCAAUGUUUGGCAUGGGAACUGAAUGUGAAUAUAUUUGCUCAGAAAGCCUUGAACCACUUGUUUUCCUCAGGAUUAAAAACUGUGUUUGUAAUUCCUCUUUGUACGACUCAUAAAAGUGAUGUAAUCUGUGAAACAAAACAUUGAAACCUAGUUCAAAGAUUUGUAUAUGUUCUCUUCCCAUGCCACUAGGCUAGCAUGCACCAUAAGGAAAUAUAUAUUUUGAGUAUACUUUUGUGUUACAAAUCACAAGGGCUAAAUAUAAAUGGAUGACAUGCAUAUUGUGUGUAGAUCCUAACUGGAGUGGAGAUAAUUAUUUCACUUUGAGAAUUGGGGGGGGGGGAACCUUAUAUGAGAAUUAAUCAUACUUUUUGUUGUUGUAAAAAAAAGUUACUUUAAGAAAAAGGAAAAGAAAAAUGCACUAUGCUCUGAUUCUGAAAUGUUACUACUGUUUUAUAAAUAAAUGUUUAAAGUAAUGGACUGGAACAGAGGAAAAAAUCAUUAAAUUUAUUUAUUUAAUAUCA